UCAGCAUUUUCACGUCCGCCUCUCACAUCCAACAACCACCAUGGCCAGUGGACAGGAUAAACUUGUGGGUGCGUCCCUCUUGACGUUCAGUACCGUCGUUUUUGUCUACUAUACAUUGUGGGCCAUUGUCAUGCCCUUUGUCGACGAGACCUAUUUCCUUCAUGCUUAUUUCCCUCCCCGCGAGUACGCAAUCCGCAUCCCAUGUGUACUUCUGGUCUUUGGCCUGACCGUUAUCCUGACGUUCUUGGCCAUGAUCAUGAUCAAGAGCAAGAAGAAGGUCGAGAAGAAGGCAGCCUAAGAUGAGACAGGAAGCAGCAUAUGACCCAUCAGCGCCCACCACCAUAUUGCAGCAUGUUUUGCUGGGAAUGAAGACAACUAGGGAUUCAGGAACAGAGCAAGGAACAAGUCCAUCGUGUCGUAGUUUCAUCGCCGCGUAUUUGUACACCUACAAACAGCAAUCGAAUAAAUAAUCACACCGCAUUCAACGCCAUUUGACAUAGAUACUCAUGGAAUGGCUACU